ACUCUCCUCUCUCCCCUCCGUCCUCCUCCUGCCGGAGCGAUGCCCGGGGCAGGAUGUGCUCCAGCCGGAAGAUCCUGUGGAGCCUGCUCCUGCUGUCCUUGGUGGAGGUGGGACUGGGUGUGGCGAGUAUCGUCCUGGGAGCUGUGGGCAUCAGCUGGGUCCGUGGACAACACAAACCACAGCAGGGGGACGCCUCUCCCGUGUGGAGCGGACUCUGUUUUCUGGUCUGUGGGAUGUGUGGAGUGCUGUGUGCCAGGAAGAGGACGGGUCUCAUUAUGAUCUUGUUUUCGGCGUGUUGCAUAUGCGGUCUGAUUGGUGGGAUCCUCAACUUCCAGUUUGUCCGUGCACUGAACAAACGGCCAGACUCCAUGAAUUCUAUACAUCUGGCUGCAAUGACUCUUGCCUGUCUAGGCAUCUCCUCCUGCACCUUAUCCACAUGGCUGACCUGUCGCUUGGCGAGUUCCGAGCAACAAAGGAUGUUCCUGGAGAGGGAGCACUCACUGCACCAUUCGCACGAGAUGACCGAAAAGGACAUCCUGGACAGCUCCAGCAAUGGUAUUCCUCAGAUAGCAUACAAUGGACACACUGCUGCAUCACCGUGACAACC